GUGUAAUAAUAAUACGGCUGCGCUGUUUAACCCAUGCGAGGGGUUGAACACAGGCUGAACUCCACGCCAAACUUUUCUAAACUUCUCAUUCCUCCUCCCUCACCAAAACCUAGCAGCAGUAUUCAACACACUGCCACAUUCUCACCCUCGCUGCACCGCCGACCAAGGUCAGCAACAGUGACCGCCCACGGGAUCUGUCAACGCGGCACCAAACCUCCGCGGACCACGGCAGCAGCACAUGGGACUCGCUGGCUGACAAAACCUGACGGACCACCGGCUGUCACCGUAUGGAUGAAUGAAGCCCCUGGAGCAGCGAAGUGAAUGAGCCGAAUAAGCUGUAACUUUACUUCCAGUUUGUGACCGUAAAACGAAGUGACACCAUGUUGGGAAACCCUGGGACUUAUGCUAACAAGAAGAGGAAGAAGCCUGUUCUCAAACAAAAAAAGUUCUCUCAAGGCAAUGAAGUUGUCAAAUCAAACCCUUCAAAGCGCCACCGGGAUCGGCUAAACGGGGAGCUGGACCGGCUGACAGACCUCCUGCCCUUUCCUGAUGAUGUUCGCUCUCGUCUGGACAAGCUGUCAGUUCUUCGCCUCAGCGUGGGAUACCUGAGGGUCAAGAGCCACUUCAAAGCCAACAUGAAGAAAAGUAAGAGCAGCGUGUUGUUUCCGGGAGUCAACGGGCAGGACGGGAACAGCAUGGACACCACAGGCUUCUCUGAAGGGGAACUACUGCUCCAGGCGCUGAAUGGAUUUGUGAUAGUGGUCACAUCAGAUGGAUCGAUGUUCUAUGCCUCUCCCACAAUCAAGGAGUACCUGGGCUUCCAGCAGUCAGAUGUGGUUCACCAGAGUGUGUAUGAACUCAUCCAUACUGAUGACCGCCCUACGUUCAGAGAGCAGCUCCACUUUGCUCUAAACCCCUCACCUGUGGGUGCAGAAGGAGAUGUCAUGCAGGGUCCCAUUAAUACAAUGAUGUACAGUCCUGACCAGCUUCCCCCAGAGAACUCAUCCUUCCUGGAGAGGACUUUUGUGUGUCGCUUUCGCUGCCUUCUGGACAACUCCUCUGGCUUUCUGGCCCUGAAAAUGCAAGGACGACUGAAGUACCUUCAUGGCCAAAGCUUCAUGAGGGAAAAUGGGACAUGUACCCAAUCUCAGCUGGCACUGUUUGCCAUCGCUAUGCCCGUCCAGCCUCCAUCUAUUGUGGAGAUCCGGACUAAAAUCCUCCUCUUUCAAACCAAGCACAAGCUGGACUUCACACCCAUGGGCAUUGAUAACAGGGGGAAGAUUGUUCUGGGCUAUUCAGAGAUUGAACUGUGCAUGAAAGGCUCCGGCUACCAGUUUAUCCACGCUGCUGAUAUGAUGUACUGCGCUGACAACCACAUACGCAUGAUUAAAACAGGAGAGAGCGGACAGACUGUUUUCAGGCUCCUGAGUAAGUCGGGAAGCUGGGUGUGGGUGAAGGCCAACGCCAAGCUGAUCUUCAAAGGAGGAAGACCGGACUUCAUCAUUGCAUAUCAGCGAGCUUUAGUCAACGCUGAGGGUGAGGAGUAUCUCCGCCAGAGGAGGAUGCAGCUCCCCUUCAGCGUCACCACAGGAGAAGCCAUCCUUUACAACACCGGCCCUACGAUGGACAUUCAAGAGCUUCAGUUAAAUAAAUUGUUCAACAACAAGGACAUGUACAAGGACGUGACAACCGGCUCAAUGGUGGACUGCUUCCUUAAACAGGAUGACUCCAUCUACAUGGAGCCAGUGGAGACCCCCUUACCUGUGGAUCAGGUGUUUAGGGAAAGCCGGGCCCUGGUCAGCAUAUCCAGUGAUGCAUGGCAGGAAAGUGGGGUUGGAGCCACGACAGGGGAACCAGUUGUUGUGAAGGAGGAGGCCAAGCAGUCGGUAAUGGCUGUGAUCGACAGGCUGGAAGAAAUGGCUCAAAAUGGCGACUUUUGUGCUGCGUUGGAAAAUCUGGAGGUCGGUGAUACAGAGUUGAUGGAGUUGGAAAAUACUCUCAAGAGAUUAAGUCAGGAUGGUGAUCAGCAGAAUAACGUGAGAUCUGAGCUGGACAGUAUCCUCACCAAUGACAUAUUUGACUACAUCGAUUCUGUUCUGUUCAAGGAGAAGGGAGAAGAUAGUCUGAAUGCCAACCCUUCCACCUGCUUCACAGGGGUCAAUAAUAACCAGCAGGACCCCUUCAGUCAGAUUUCACCCACUGGACUGUUUCAGACACCAAGCCCUGAGGGCACCUACUCUCCAAUGAAUGGUGUCUAUGCUCACCAGCAAGAUACAAUGAAUGAGCACAUGAAUACAGGGAAAAGCCAAGGAGGGUGUGCUCAGAUAUUCAGCAGUACCCAGAAACUCUCCCACCAUGCUCCCCUGAUUGCUCAGGCUGACACCAAUCUGCCCCCUCUUCAGCAGCUGCAGCUUCAGGACAUUUUCAGCCCAGCGAUAGAGCUUCCUGAGCUCACCAUCCCUGAUGCUUCAACUCGUGCCCCUUUUCAAUCCUGCGGGCAGGCAUCCAUGAACAAUAUGGGCUUCUCACUGGGGAUUCCUGGCCAGACGCAGUCCGGCCAACGUCUUCUGUGUCCUCAAAACAACAUGCAAGCCCCUGCAACAGCAGCAAAUGGACAGCUGCAGCAGAGCUCUGUUAAACAACCAAACCAUGUAGCACCCAUCGUUUUGGACAUUUUGCCACCACUGAUUCCUUGCAAUGACUUUGCUCCCUCUAUCACACCUAAUAUUCCCAUGCCCUUUUCCACACCUUGUCUGCAAGGAAGCAGACCUUUUGCACCACACAACCACCAGGUUCAGCAGUGGCCGCAGAGCCAGCAGCAGAAGCUGCAUCACCCUGGCAUCAUGCAGAACGGACAUCAGGCAGUGCCAGCAUGCCUCAGCCAAACAUCCGAAAGCCAAACAUUCCCACAUGCUGGCCAUUGGCCUCAGAGUGUGAACGGACCUAACCACACUCAACAGGGAGAGCCGGCACAUGGACAGACAGUUUCUCACAACAGCUGCAUGUUCAACCAGAAUUUUUCUUCCAGUCCAGCAGGGGGCAACAGCAACACCUUCACUCUCUCUGGGUCGUCUUGCCAGAGGGGGGUUGACACACCUCUGGAUCAGAGUCCUCCUCAAGGUUCCUGCUACUUCCAGUGGAGCGGCAGUGAGUCUGUGGUGGGCACAUCAGCCAUCAACCAGGAGAACGCCAACAUCAGUCCUCUGACCGUUCCGCCCAACAUGUCCUCCUCGGAGCACACACUCAACAUUCAGCGCUACCUGGAAUGCCACAGACAGACACAGCAGGAUGAAAGAGUCUCAGCUGAACACAAUGGAAUUUUUGCCACUCCUGUUUGUGAUGUACCCAUGUACCUCGCAGAGUAGAGCCGAGCUGUGUUGUUGUUGCAGCAAAUGCAGGCGAAGGACGAAACACAGUAUAGUUUGCCUGUAUCAGUGCUUAUCCACCCACUCUCAUGUUAUUGUCAUAUUUUUUGUAUCAGUCACAUACAUACUUUUUUUCCAAUCUGUAAUGUUUAAAAGCUGUAGCUUGUCAGUUUUUAGUGAAGAUACACUAUAAAUAAUAAUAAUGAAGUAUAAAAGUCACAAGUGCGUUUACCAGGAUGGAGCUUGAGCCAGCUACGAGGAUUGGUCAAGCGAAUCCAAAUAGCCAAAGAAAUAUGCGUUUAUAAGGGAAACCAGACAUCGUCACUUCCCUGUUUUCAGCGAGGGACAUUCAUUUGUUUCCCUAAAUUUAAAUACAUCAAAAACAGCAGAAAACUGAACGUGACAAUUUUCUAAGAUUAUCAUUUUGAACUUUUAUACUGACCAAAUGGAGACCUUUUCUUUAAAAGAAGUUGUCUCCACCUAAAAAUACAUCAGUGUAAAGAAUCACUGAAAGUGAUAGCUACCUUAAGACACAGCUGUACCUUCAAGUUGAUAUUAUUAAACAUCAAAUAAUCUGUAUAUGUUAAAUGCAAAACCUUAAAUGUGGUAAGUGCAUUAAUACAAUGUGUAAUUUGCUGUUUGUUUUCACUAGGUCUGCUUUGACCAACAAAAGUCUCAUAUGUACAGUAUACGUUAACAUGUAAAACAUGCAUUAUGUCUCUCUGUGUGCAGUAUAGAAGUGCUUUUAUGGAGAAGGCUGUCCAGUUAGUUGCAGGGCUUGAAACGCAGUAUUGCACCGACAAACUCUUUUUCCCCCCUGCAGCAGUGAGGUUGUUAAGUCAACUGCACCAGUUUGGUAUCUCAGUGACUAGCUGUGCACCACAGUGAGAGGAGAGGAGCAGUAGAGGGUGUGGCAAUGUUUGUCCUGUAGCACUGCAGUCUGAUAUGCACUGUCAUUGCCCAAAUGUUUGGAUUGGACACACCUGAAGAGGACUGGUUUAAACGGAAGGUCCUGAGGGAGGUUUUAGCAAAGAGGUUUUAAUACAUCUACAGUUUGACAUGUGACUGUAUCCACACACAUUUUUUGCACCAGUUUGAGUAUGAAAACCUCUGCUUCUGCCCCAACAGUCUAAUUAGAGACUACAAGUGGAACAGAUAGCUGCCACCUUCAGUUGGCAGUAAAGAGAGUCAUCAGAGUUGUUGUUGAUGACAGAUGCUGCAAAGAAAUCUCUUUAAAUUAUGCCAUAAUUGGACCAAAACUUAAGCUUUCAACCUGGCGGGCAGUGACUUUUGUAAGACUAACUCAUCGUUGGCACCGUGAUUGCAGUGCUCUACUGGAUUGGCAUCACCACACCCUAACCAAACCAGAAAUAACCUCAGUGCGGUGCAGCCCUGGAAAAAGCCAGUUUGCCAUGCCAUUAUAGAGCAGUGUUUUGCGCAGUAAAACAACACCAAAAAAGUUAGUUAAAAUGUAAGAAAUAAAAAAAGAAGUCUUAAAACCAAGAAAAUCACAAUCAGGGAAAAAUAGUUUGGUUGUCAUCAAACGACCCAUCCGAGGGUCUGAUUUAUUCAGCCUGCUAUCAGGGAUUAAAUAGCCACAUAAUUUCAAUUUCAGUUAAGUAUUUCCUAAUACAGAAAAUAAGCAUAGCUGCAGUUAGGGUUUUUUUUUUUUUUUUUAAAUGCACUGCUUGCAAUCCUGUGCUUGUGGGCUAUUUCAAGAUGCAUCAUUUUAAAGCAGUUGAACUAACUAUCUGUAAAUCCUGUGCAGUUAAGCGUGAAGAAAACAGCCCAUCAAAUAUCAUGGAACUCUUUUUCAACAUACCAAACCCCAUUUCUCCAAAAAUGUGCCUUCAUUAAUGUGGCACCACCCAAAAAAUUUGCAACCUGUUUAAUUUGAACAGAUUUGUAAUGAAACUCACACUGGUCUCCACCUCGCUGUGUGUGUGUGUGUGUCUGUGUGUGUGUGUGACACAUAUUUCCUAAUUGAAAUCAUGUAUUCAUCUCAUCAAAACACUCAUAUUGCAUUGAAGACGUUCCAAUUAUUGGAGUAUUGCAUGAGUUAUAAUAAGCCUGCAUGAUCUCCUAAUUCUUCAAUGACAAAAAAAAAAGACAGUGAUGUGGUUUUACAGAUGCUAAAUCUCUCUCAGAAGUACUCUACCACACUGACGACAGCUGUGUCCCAUUUGUUGGGUCACCUCCUUUGAACGACAGCAAGAGUUGACUACGAGUCACGUUUACCUCGACAUGUGAUGAUGACACUUCGGACCCGUUAUGAUGUACUGUUGUUGAAAUGCAGACUUCAGAGGAGAGGGACUUGAAUUUGGGAUGCAGCAGAUUUAAAAAAAAAAAAAAAAAAACCUCCAAAUUUGACCUUUAGAUUUCAGUCCCAUUCUCACCGUAAAUAUACUGCUUAUUGCCAUAACCCCAAAGUUAAAAUUGUAUGAUACACCCAUACUGAGCCAUAUACAGUAUACCCCAGUACAUUUUUUCUUGUGUCUUCUUGCUGAAUAGGCAGCUCCAUAUAAAUAUAUCUGUGCCUUCUCAUAUAAAACAUCUUUUCUCAACACUUUGCUGCACUAAUUUAAGGGAAGCCAUGUAUAUAGGAAAUGCCCUUAAAUUAAUAAGGUUUUAUCCCUAAGUGCAUUUCAACACAGUAAUUCCUUAAAGUCCAUUCUCCGUUGCACAAAUGGAAACAAGGGAAAAAAACUUCAGUCAUGACUUAUUUCUACAAAGGAGAUUGUGAGGUUUCUUUCAUCGAUGAGCAGAAUGAAAAUGUACGUGUUUUAAAGAGUAUUUAAAAACAAAAUCUAGAAUGUGGAGAUUUGAUCUACUUUCAGAUCACGUGAACUUUUGAUGUAUCUGUUUUCUGUUUGUCCUCUUCAGAGUAUUUUAACUUCAUUUUAUCUUGAUUUUCACCAGAUGUUUUUGUUUCUUUUUUUUCUUUUUGUUUCUUUUUUAAUAUCCACACUACAAGAAUAACAAACAUUCUGGAUUAAAGCAAGCAAGAACAGCAUUAACAUGGCAGCUUUACUGUAUUCCUGCACUGUGGGAAAUCAUUCAGUAUUUUUACCGUUUCCCUGGGAAGCAAUUGUGUAUGUAUCUGGAAAUAUCAUUUGGCAUAACGUUUAGAUAAGAAAAAAAUAUGAAGUGGAAUCACAAAGAGGAAAACCUGAAAGUUUUAGGGCAAAGAUCGUCUCCUGUGACCCGGUUGGUCGUCGUUCUUUAUUGUGUGGAAACAGCAGCGAUGGAAACCUCACUCUCUCCCUCUCUCUCAGCGUGAAGCAGACUGUGGAGGCUAAGUACAGCCUAUAAACUGCCUGUGAUGUUGGACUUUGAUACAGACAUGUCAUGACUAGCCACUAUAUUAACAAAAAAAAAAACAACAACAAAAAAACCUAUAGCCAAAUGUUUUAAUUACAGCGGUGUUGAUGUUUUUAUGCUAACGUGCCUUUGACAUUUACCGUAAUUCUGUGCUUUGUUACAGAAAAAAAAAGAAAGAGGACAAAAAAAAUCACAACUAUUCAGUUUCAUAUAAUCCACUUUUAUUUAGCCAAGCAGUUAUAAUGUCUACAUCAUGAUAUAUAUGUUAAACAAUAACCACCCUUUGUCUACUGUUAAAACGAUUUCAUAAAUACAUGUGUGCAAUCAGUAAAACUGUGUUGUGUGUCCUAUUUAUUAUAUUUUAUAUACAUAUUUUAAACAUCUUUUUUUUUUUUUACAUUAUGUUAAGUGGAGUGGACUGCUGCCCAACUAAGUUUUGUUAUGUUU